UCGCGAUGGAGACGGAGGGCGCCGAUUGCUUCAGCAAAGCGCUGGAGGCCGGGAAGCCGGUGGUCUUGAGUGGUAUCACCAGCCUGGCCAAGUCACUGGGAGCGCUGCAGGUGUCGGACCGGCUGCUGGAGUGGUCCCGGCGGCGGCCGGUGCUCAGCGGGGUGGUGACCGAUCGGCAGGCGGUGGACGCCUGCGCUCGUCUGGCAGCCGAUCACCGGCUGCUGGUGGAGCCGGCCUGCGGCGUCACGCCCGACAUGCUGCUCCACUGGCAGACGCUCACGGCCGCCUGA